AGAAUCUGAUCAUGCACAGUGCGCAGUGACGACCACAGCCGUGUUGCAGUGCGGCUCACUACAGUACUUAUGGGCAACUGCUUGCUGCGGCAGACCUCCAUUUACCCAGUGUGCCGCUCGAAAAUGUCAGCCCCAGACACUUUCGGUUUACAGUUAGCCAAGUACACUAACGUCGCUGCAUCAGCAAUCCUAAUUUAUGACUACUUUGUCACUUUACAUUCUGAAGUCCGAUGGACUCGGGGACGGGAGUGGGGAAUCAUCCGGACUACCUUCACGAUUUCACGAUAUGCACCUUUUGCUGGUGCGCUUAUGACCUCGUACUACGCUAUCAAGACAUGGGGCACGCAAGAUUGUGCACCCCUUAACGAUGCUAUAAAUGGCAUACAUUUCUUGGGCAUCAUUGCCUCUGAAGUUUUAUUGAUUUUCAGGGUCUAUGCGUUCUCUGGCAAUAAAAAGGCUUAUCUUAUCAUUCUUAUCCCCCUUGGUUUGGUCAUCUUGGUGGCAUCUGUGAUUACAAGUUCUACCCCCAUCAAUUUUAACAUCCCAGGAGUUGGCCCCCCUUGUAUGUUCGAAGGGACUCGUAGCAUGGUCGUCCAGUAUGGACUCUUGAUGUUUUUCGAGAUAGUUCUCAUGUCCACCACUCUAUUUUUGAGAUAUCGACACUAUCUAGGUUCUCAUAGCGCGUUGGUGAGGAGUAUCUAUCGUGACGGACUACUCUACAUGUUCUGCAUCAUGAUUAUAUCUAUGUUCAAUGUGAUCAUCAUCGCUGUGUUGCCUCUCUCUUACAGCGAAACGCUAAACGCACCUCAGAUUGUUGCGCAUAGUGUUCUUGCUUCUCGAAUACUGUUCAAUCUUCAAGUGAGCAUGGAGCGACCGCUAUUGCUCACUGACCGAUCGACUCCAAUGGAAUUACUAUCCCGUCCACAUACAUUCAAAGCGCGACCUGGAGGUAGUGAGACAGCUAGCCAGACAGAUGAAGCUCAGACCUACUGAUAGUUCUGCGAGUCAUACAGAUAGCGCUUGUUAUUUGAGCUUCCUGACUACUAUCCUCACACAUUUCAACUUGUAUUUUCCGCGUCUUUCAUAUUAGUGGCCAGCUACUCUACUCCUUAGGUGUAUGUGUUCUCUGCGCUAACGAACAUGAGGAA